AUUCCUUUUCUUCAACCGACAGCCUUCACCCAUUCGCACAGAGUCGUUUCGAACAUGCGGUCGCCGAUCACCGUUGCGGUCGUUGCACUAGCACUGCUUGCAGUCGCCUCGCCAUGGACGAUGACGGGCGUCGAGGCCGUUCGUGGCCUGCCAAAGUCGUCGAACGUGCUGCGCAAUGCAGGCCGUUCAGGACCGAGCCAGACGUUGGAUCGCUGCGACGCCUGCCGCAAAGCAGUUCGCGAGAUCAGCACCCGAAUGACCGACACGGCCGGCAAGAACUUUGGUGGCGGCAACACUGCCUGGGAGCAGUCCCGGUUCUCUGCCUGGGCGACCAGUGAGGUUCGCCUUGUCGAGGUCAUGGAUUCAAUCUGUAGCGACAAGAUGGAAUUUUCUUGCAGACAAUUCCUGGAUGACCACGAGGAGCACGUCGAAAAGUGGUUUUACCAUCAUCAGUCGGAGCCGAUGGAUCGCUGGCUUUGCUCCGAGACGUCGCGCGUGUGCUGCGAGCACGGCCAUGUCGGCCCACAGUGCAAGCCAUGUCCUGGUGGUCCAACCAACAUCUGCAACGGCAAAGGAGAGUGCAAGGGCAUGGGCAGCGUAGACGGCUCUGGAGAAUGCAAGUGUCGCGAUCCCUACAAGGGUCGUGAUUGCACCCAGUGCAAACCUGGGCACUUCCGCCGUGUGCUGAAUGACAACCCAGACCAGCCUCGUGUCGAGUGCGUCAAAUGCGACCCGAGCUGCAAAGCCUGCACCGGCGAAGGUCGUCAGGCAUGUAAAUCUUGUGCGCAAGGAUUUUACAACACUACCGAGGCUGGGUGCAUGGAAUGCGACCCCGCUUGCCAAAGUUGCACUGAUGCAGGCCCAAGUAGCUGCAUUGCAUGCAGCGAAGGAUACGCCAAAGACCCUGUGAACUGCGCCGACGUUGACGAAUGUGCAACCAAGGCACACUCUUGCCGUACCGAUCAGAUCUGCGUCAACACUCCUGGUUCGUUCCAUUGUGACUGUCCAACAGGCGAGCAAGACUUGAACGACGCCUGUGUGCCAACAAUCCAGCCAGAGGCGGAUGCAAGCGUGCUCGCUUUACUCGCACAUCGCUUUGCUUCGCUGACGCUUGACACUCCGACAUUUGUCGCCGCUCUUACAUCCGCGUUUGCUGUCGCGCUUGCUCUCUUGCUACUAUGUCGAUGAUGCCACCUAGAUUUCGAUGUUUCCGAGCUGUCUGUUGACGACGACGACGCUGCGGAGGCACAGCCCGAAGUUGCACCCCAUUCAGAACUGUGACGUUCAAGACUAUCCAUUCAAAACAAUCAACACAAUACACACAGAUCAAUUUCUUUCAGUGUGGAUGAUGUUUCAAUUGAUGAUGAAAAAAAAAAGGACGAGAAUAAAAAAAAAAACAAAAAC